UGAUAACACACUUUUUAAAAGUACAUAUUUCAUAAACUUUUAAGGGUUUAUUCACUUUUUCAGAAAGCUUUAAUCGAAACCGAAACAUGAAGCGAAACAUUUCGGAUUUAAUUUUGAUUGAAAACUAUCAAAGUCCUUGAAAAAUUGUGCCGUCGCUAUUUUGUUAUUGUUUUUGUCUUUUAAGUUUCCGGUUCUUGUUCGAAGACGCAUUUAACCGUGGAAUUUAUUUUUUGUCGCUGUUAAUUUGAUUUAAAGGUUUUAUUUUUCCCUGUUGAUAAGUUGUUAUUCUUUUCAUCAUCUGCGGUGAGUAACAAUCGAGCCAAAGAAUCAGCGUCUAAGCUAGUGACACCAUGGCUGAGAUCAACCCCGAGUUCCGUGGCUAUCGAUCACCGCUAAGCACUCGCUAUGCCAGCAAGGAGAUGCAGUAUCUGUUCAGUGAACAGCACAAGUUUUCCACUUGGCGCAAAUUGUGGAUCGUUCUGGCCAAAGCUCAGAAGGAGUUGGGGCUGGAAAUAACCGACGCUCAGAUAGCCGAGCUGGAGGCCCACAUCGAGGACAUAGAUUUCAAGGCCGCGGUAGAAGAAGAAAGGUUAACCCGUCACGAUGUGAUGGCCCACGUGCAUGUGUACGCUAAGCAGUGUCCGCUUGCGGCACCGAUCAUUCAUCUGGGAGCGACUUCCUGUUACGUUGGCGACAACACCGAUCUGCUGAUCCUGAAGGACGGUCUGCAGCUGUUGCUGCCCAAGUUGGUCGGCGUGAUCAAAAGGCUGUCCGAAUUUGCUGUUCAAUAUCGCGAUUUGCCGACGUUGGGAUUCACUCACCUGCAGCCUGCCCAACUGACAACAGUUGGCAAGCGGUGCACAUUAUGGAUCCAGGAUUUAUUGAUGGAUGAGCGAGCAUUGCGCAGUUGUCGGGACAAUUUACGAUUCCGAGGCGUGAAAGGAACCACCGGAACGCAGGCAUCGUUUUUGCAGCUCUUUGCCGGCGAUGGGGAAAAGGUGAAGCAGCUGGAUAAAAAAGUAACCAAAUUAGCUGGCUUCGAGCGAUGCUACACCGUCACUGGUCAGACAUACUCGAGAAAAGUUGAUCUGGAAAUCGUGUCCGCCUUGGCCAGCUUGGGCGCUAGUGUUCACAAAAUGUGCUCCGACAUUCGCCUACUGGCUUCGCGCAAAGAGCUGGAGGAACCUUUCGAAUCGACCCAGAUCGGAAGUUCGGCCAUGGCCUACAAGCGAAAUCCGAUGCGUUCGGAGCGCUGUUGUGCUCUAGCCAGACACUUGAUCAGCCUACAUGCUAGUGCCGCCAACACCCUGGCCGUUCAGUGGUUGGAGCGCACUUUGGACGAUUCGGCCAAUCGAAGACUGACGCUGUCGGAGGCGUUCCUAGCGGCUGAUGCCUGCCUCAUUACGCUGCUUAACAUCUCCCAGGGAAUGGUUGUCUACCCCAAGGUCAUCGAGAAAAACAUUGCCCAGGAGCUGCCAUUCAUGUCAACCGAAAACGUCAUUAUGGCUAUGGUAAAGGCUGGCGGCGAUCGUCAGGUUUGUCACGAGAAAAUAAGAGUCCUUUCCCAUGAAGCAGGCGCUCAAGUUAAGCAGCAUGGCAAGGACAACGAUCUGGUCGAGCGGAUCAAGGCCGAUGGCUAUUUUGCUCCUAUUUUGAAUGAUCUGGAAGCUAUUUUAGAUCCAAGAACGUUUACUGGACGGGCAGCGGAUCAGGUCCUGGAAUUUGUUCGGGAAGAUGUUGAUCCUAUUCUCGCUAAUUAUGGCGAUAAUAUUGAAACUAAAUCUGUUGGCUUAGCCAUCUAAUAAAUCCAAUAAACUUUUGCCUUUCAACCGUGUAACGGUUAAAAUUA